UAUAAAUAAAAAAAACAAAAAUGAAGUGUACAAGAGCAAAUUCUUUGGAGCAUGAUAUUGAUUCAAGAAUAUCGGAAUCAGUCAUUAGUUGUGAUGAUAUCGAAUCAAGAUUAUCAAAUACGGAAUCAAGUUUAUUAAGUUCAACACAAAAUAGUUCGGAAGAAGAAAUUAAUAGUUCACAUCAUAAUUUUAAUAAUUUAUUAAUAACAAAUCAUCAUACAAAUGUUGGAUAUUUAAGAAGUUCAUUUAAUAAUAUUCAUAAUUGUAAUAAUUACGAAAUGUAUCCAAAGACGAGACAGGAUUGUUGUCGAUGUGGUUCAGGCGUAAUUUUAGUAACCACAGGCGUAAUAUUUAUAUUAGGAAGUAUAUUUAGUUUAAUAUAUACACCAUUCGAAAUAGCAAUGAUUGAAAGACUUAGAAUGACACCAGGUCUGCCGCCAUACGCUUGGUGGAAAGUUCCACCAGACGAAGUAUUAUUAAAAUUUUACAUAUUUAAUAUAACAAAUAUAGAAGAAUUUACAAAUGGGACUGAUACGAAACUAAAAAUACAGGAAAUUGGUCCAAUUAUUUAUAGAGAAAAAUUAACACAUUCGAACGUCACAUUUAAUGAAAAUGGUACGAUGACGUAUAUAGCAAAACGUGAAGCAAUAUAUUUACCUGAAAUGAAUACAAUCGAUAUCAAUUCAACGUUAAUUGUACCUAAUUUUGCCGUUUUAGGUGGUGCAUCUUUUAUGGCUGACACACCAUUCUUAACAAGAUUUGGCUUAAAUUUGUUGAUGCGACGAUUAGAUUCACAGCCAUACAAAAUAAUAUCCAUAUAUGACUUUUUAUGGAAUAUGACUGAUCCAUUAUUGGACGUAGGCAGUUCUCUGCUUCCAUCUAUAAUACCAACCAAAAAUAUUGGAAUUUUAAAUAUGUUUUAUCAUGAUUUUGUGGACCAAGUAACAGUGCGGAUUGGUACGAAAUAUGGCAAUGAAAAUUUUUUCAAAAUUGACACAUUCCGUGGCAGUCAAUAUAUAUUUGGUGAUCCAGAUAUUUGCGAGGAUAAAAUCACUGGAUCUACGGAAGGUGUUCUGUAUAAUCAAUUUAUUACAAAACAAUCUGAACUUUUGUAUUGGCGAAAAAGUGUUUGUCGUGUAAUGCCGUUAAAUUACGAACAUGAUACGGAAAAAUAUGGGAUCUCUGCAUACAAAUUUACUUUGAGAAAUGACACUUUGUAUCGUAAAAAUGGAUCAGACUGUUAUACAUCAGAAUCAAUGCCGUUACUAGAUGGACUUUCAGAUGCUUCUAUGUGCUAUUUUGAUUUUCCAUUGGUGUCAUCGUUUCCACAUUUUUUAGUUGGUGAUAAAAAUAUUAAGUCGUUAGUCGAAGGUCUAAAACCAAAUAAUUCUCUACAUAGUUCCUAUAUUAUAGUUGAUCCCGUGACGGGAAUUCCAUUAGAAGGACAUGCCAGACUUCAAAGUAAUUUAUUAGUCAAAAAAUUAUCAGGAUUUAGUUCCAAGCUUGAUAAAUAUAGCGAUUCUGUGAUACCAAUGUUUUGGAUUGAAUAUCAUCAAGUAGGACUUCCUUGGUAUGUGCAAUAUUUAAUAAUAUUCACCGUACAAAUAUUACCAAAUAUCCAAUAUUUUGGAAUAGUGUUUUUUAUUAUAUUAGGCUUAUAUUUAGUAUAUAGUGGUUUAAGUAGACGAAAAGUAGUCAAAAAGACAGAAAAAUGUGAUCUAUAUAUUCAAAAUCAAAAAUUACAAUUUGAACAAGAAAAUAUGUUAAAACAAUGUACAACGUAG